ACCAGAAGUUGUGAUGAAAGUUUUUAAAAAUGUGAGGCUCUUAGACAUGACGCUUCGAGAUUAGAGGGAAUGAGGUUGCUUGGAUGCGAAUGAACGGAUUGUGGAUUUUCCUGAUGGAGAUGAAGACAGACCGACAAAGUGUGACCUUUUUUGUGUGGAUAUCAUUCAUAAACUUUUUCUUGUGCUGGACUUCGGUUGACGCACAGAUGGGGUCUGAUGGUCCUCUCUCUGCACAGGAGCAGAUGUACAUCCUUUAUGAAAUACAACUGCAAUGCUACCAGAACCUCUCCAACAUUGAACCAGGGUCCACAGUGGAUGACAUCUGCCCUCCUGACUGGGAUGGUCUUAUUUGUUGGCCCCACGGCACCCCUGGACUGGUUACCAAGGUUCCCUGCCCUUCAUACAUCUAUGACUUCAACCACAAAGGUCAUGCUUACAGGAAGUGUGACGUCAACGGUUCCUGGGUGUUUGUGGACCGUUGGAACAAAACAUGGACCAACUACUCAGAGUGUCUGCGCUUCCUGCAGCCCAGCGGUGAGGAAGGGAGACAACAAUUCUUUGAGCGGCUGUAUGUCAUGUACACCGUUGGCUACGCUGUGUCCUUCAGUUCGCUGCUCGUGGCCAUCUUCAUCAUUGGAUACUUCAGGCGUCUUCACUGCACCAGAAACUACAUCCACAUGCACCUGUUUGUUUCCUUCAUGUUGCGGGCAGUCAGCAUCUUUGUGAAGGACAAGGUCGUCCAUUCCAGUGCUGGAUUGCAGGACUUUGAUUCUGCCCUUCUGGACAACUUAAAAACAGUCAGCAUGGCACCACUGGACAAGUCUCAGUAUAUUGGCUGCAAGGUGACAGUGCUGCUCUUCAUCUAUUUUCUGACCACCAACUACUACUGGAUCCUUGUAGAAGGCCUCUACCUCCACAGCCUCAUCUUCAUGGCCUUCAGAUCAGACUCUAAAUACCUCUGGGGAUUUAUUCUCAUCGGAUGGGGUGUUCCAGCUGUUUUUGUGGCAGUGUGGGCCGUUGUCAGGGCAACGCUAGCAGAUGCAAGGUGUUGGGAGCUCAGUGCUGGUAAUAUAAAGUGGAUCUACCAGGUUCCCAUCCUGACAGCCAUCGGGCUCAACUUCAUCCUGUUUGUGAACAUCGUUCGAGUGUUGGCAACUAAAAUCCGAGAGACAAACGCCGGGAGAUACGACACGAGGAAACAGUACAGGAAACUGGCAAAGUCCACCCUUGUGUUAGUUCUUAUUUUCGGCAUCCACUACAUCAUCUUUGUUGGGAUGCCUCACACACUGCAGGGACUGAGCUGGGAAGUCCGCAUGUACUGUGAACUCUUCUUCAACUCCUUUCAGGGUUUCUUUGUGUCCAUCAUCUACUGCUACUGCAACGGAGAGGUACAGGCAGAGAUAAAGAAAACAUGGACCCGCUGGAACCUGGCCUUUGAGUGGGAGGGCCCGGUGGUAUGUGGCCGCUACCGUUACAGCAAUGUGGUGGUCGGCCUCAACAACAACAGCACCAGCAGCCACUCCCACCUGGCAGGGGCUGGACCUUCCACACGUUCAACCACUCUCGUUUCGAGUCAUGUUUACCGGAGCACGGGUCCUGUGAUCAGCAUGCACGCCACACUCCCAGGAUAUGUGAUCAGUAACUCAGACGCUUCCAUACGUGAGGAACCUGAGGACAGCGGGCCCAAAAUGGUGGACGAUAUCUCGCUAAAGGAAAAUCUGCCUGUUUUUAAUACAAGUGCAACAGCCGAGGAUGAGGAGGAAACAUUGUAGCAUUGGUCAGAGGUCUAAGCAUGCGGUAUGGACUGAUGAAACUGAAGGUAGAACUUUGCCAACACAUUCCAGUCGCGUAAUUCAAAGUCCAAACAGGGUAUCGAGGUAAACGUUGACUUUAUACGCCAGUGAUUCCAAAAGUGGGGCGUGGUGUUAUCUACCAUUCUACUCUACUUGCAAAGCAUGACUAUUAUAUUUAGAGGGCCUUCAGGUAACAUAAGGAUAUGAAUCUAAACGUCACAACUGCUUAAACAAAGACAAGAAAGUAUGACGAGUCACAUCGGAACUUCGACUGUACAAUGUUGGAAAACAAAAAGAUACCACAGUGUUCGUUGUUCCUCAGAGUAUUAGCUUCUGACAGCAUGAAGCCGAAACAAAUAGGACUCCACUUGGAGACAUUACAUCCUGCACACAAAGAGAAGCCUGUCCAUUUCUUCAUAAAUUAUUGCAGGAGUGGACUUGAAAUAUAACUCUUGUGUGGAAUUUCCUAAAAGGAGUUGUUCAUCUUAAGAGAGUCAGGUUUAAAAAUAAAAAAAAAGAAUCUGUUCCAAACAAUGGCUGGUGUUACAUCUUCAAAAAAAUUCAUUUUACAGUAACACUUUUAAUUGCUCCCUCUUGAGAAGUGGUCUGUUUGGCGUUUCAGUUUCCUGUCAAUGAUUGUUGUUUUGUACUUUUUGCAGUCGAUGUUCAAGUGAAUUUUAAAAAUAUU